UCGUACUAAUAAAUAGAAACCAAUACACAAUCUUAUAGCAUUAACUUCAAGUGAUUAUACUUCUCCCAGAAUUUAUUGUAUUUGUACUUUUAUUGUUUUACUAUCUUUUGUUUGGUAUUGAUAUUAUCAUUUUUAGCGUAACACAAUCAUGCUAUGUACUAUCCAAAAGCGUAUAAUACAAAAAAGUUACUGCUUAACACGACAAUUCACUUCAAAGAUUAUUUGUUGUCAAUUAAAUCAGCCUGAAGAACAUAUAUUACGAUCUGACACCAAUUUUACGUCUAUACGAAGAGAAGAUUCUACAUUUUUAAGAAUUGCUAUAAUUGGUUCACCAAAUGCUGGAAAAAGUACACUUAUUAAUAAUCUUGUAAAUAGAUCUAUAUGUCCUGCUUCUUCAAAAGUUCAUACAACUCAAGUCAAAUGCGAUGCAGUAUAUUCAUCAGAAAAUACGCAACUUGUUUUUGUUGAUACUCCUGGUAUUAUAACACAAAAGGAACAAAACAGAUAUAAAUUAAGUAGCAGUUUUGAGAAAGAUCCAAAAAUCUCUACUCGCAUAGCAGAUAUUGUUGGAGUUGUACAUGAUGUAUCAAAUAGGAGAACCAGAAAUAAGUUAAAUGCCAAUAUUCUUGAUUUAUUAAAAGCUUUAAAAUCUGAUAUACCUACGUUACUCAUUAUGAACAAAAUUGAUCAAGUAAAACAUAAAGAUAGUUUAUUGGAGAUUAUUAAAAUACUUACAAGUAAAUCAAAUUGGCCACAUUUCGCUGAUAUAUUUUUGAUAUCUGCAUUAACCUCUGAUGGUAUAGAUAGUUUGAGAGAUUAUUUAAUUUCUUGUGCAAAACCUAAAGAUUGGCAGUAUAAUGAAGAUACUUAUACAGAUCAAUCACUAGAAACAAUCAUACAACAAACAGUACGUGCAAAGUUAAUGAAUUUUCUCCCUCAGGAAAUUCCUUACAUUUCACGUUUUGUAUUAGAAUAUUUGCAAACAUAUUCAGAAGGAGGAAUCAAUGCUUCUGUUAUAGUAGAAUUACCUAAUAAAAGAAAGUGUUCCAUUGUAAUUGGUAAAGAUGCUAAACGUAUCAAAUUUCUCGUUCAAGAAUGUGAAAAAGAACUACAAUAUGCACUUAGACAACCUGUACAAUUGAAAAUAUCGGUUAAAUCCAAAAAAUAAAUCUGGUUUUUUUCUGUUA